AUGGCUGCGUCCAGAUUUAUUUUAAGUGUUAACAUCCAUUCAUCCUUGACUUCUUUGAGUCUUGUGUGUCCAGAUGUCUGCCGAUGUACCAACAAGACUCUAAGAUGCAAUGCAGAGACAGAGGCUCUUCUUCCAGCUGCAAGAGACGCAUAUAGGAGACUAACAUUGACCCAUCUCCCUUUAAAAGUUAUUCCUAGCCUUGCUUUUGAAGGACUAAGCAGCGUGUUUAGAAUUGAGAUCUCUCAAAGUGACUUACUUGAAAGAAUAGAAUCUCGUGCCUUCAAUAGCCUUCACAACCUGUCAGAAAUCUCAAUCCAGAACACUAAAAGCCUGGUGGACAUUACUCAAGAAGCAUUCAAGGAUCUUCCGAAGUUAAGAUACCUGAGCAUUUGUAACACUGGAAUACGAACAUUCCCUGACCUAACAAAGAUAUUUUCUGCUGUGUCCAACUUUUUUCUGGAAAUUAGAGACAACUUACACAUAAAAGCAAUUCCACCCAAUGCCUUUUUGGGACUGGCCAAGGAGAGUGUAACAAUGAAACUAUGUAACAAUGGCUUAAGGGAAAUACAAAGCCACGCCUUCAAUGGGACAAAGCUUGAUACAUUGGAGCUGAAAGAUAAUAAACACCUCCGAGUAAUGCACAGAGAUGCGCUAAAAGGGGCCACGGGGCCAGAUGUAUUAGAUGUUUCCUCGACAGCACUAGAAUACCUUCCCACCUGUGGACUGGAGUCUGUCCAUAUACUGAUUGCUCGUUCUUCUUACUCCCUGAAGAAAUUACCGCCUUUUAGUGUAUUUGUCAAUCUACACGAAGCUUAUUUAACAUACCCGAGCCACUGCUGUGCCCUUCAGAAUUGGAGAAUCAAAACGCAGAGUUCUUUGAUUGCUAGUUGGACUAACCUAUCCAGACAGUGUGAAGAGGAGAGAAGCAUGUCAGAAUACAUUUCAAUCCCAACAAAUGGACGAUCCAGCUCACCUGUGGUGACUCAGUUCCCCAUUACCUCGGAGUCCAGAUCCCCAACAGAGAAUUUCUCCACUUUUUCAGAGGAAGAGCUGGAAAUGUUGGAUUUCCAUUAUCCAGAAUUAGACUUUUGCCAGACUGAAAUAAAACUCCAGUGCACCCCUGAACCCGACGCCUUUAACCCUUGUGAAGAUAUCAUGGGGUAUGCUUUCCUGCGAGUCCUCAUCUGGUUUAUCAACCUCCUCGCCAUCAUGGGCAACCUGACCGUGCUGCUGGUUUUCAUGACCAGCCAGCACAAGCUCACUGUCCCACGGUUUCUGAUGUGCAACCUUGCCUUUGCUGACUUCUGCAUGGGAGUCUAUCUGCUCCUGAUCGCCACGGUGGACUACAGAACGAGAAGUCAGUAUAACCACUACGCGAUAGAGUGGCAGACCGGCCCUGGGUGCAGCUCGGCUGGGUUUUUCACAGUGUUUGCCAGUGAGCUCUCUGUAUACACGCUGACUGUCAUCACCCUGGAGAGGUGGCACACGAUCACCUAUGCCAUGCAGCUGGAGCGCAAGCUCUGCCUAAGGCAUGCAGUGCUGAUAAUGCUGGGUGGCUGGAUCUUCUCUAUCACGAUGGCGUUUCUGCCUCUUUUGGGGGUCAGCAGUUACAGGAAGGUCAGCAUCUGCUUGCCAAUGGACAUUGAAACGUCAGUCUCUCAGGCCUAUAUCAUUGUAAUUCUGCUUAUAAAUGUCCUCGCCUUUGUCAUUAUCUGUGUCUGUUAUAUCAAAAUCUACCUGGCGGUAAAGAACCCAGAGCUUGUUGCCAGGAAUACAGACACAAAGAUUGCCAAAAGGAUGGCGGUGCUCAUCUUCACAGACUUCACCUGCAUGGCGCCCAUAUCUUUCUUUGCCAUUUCAGCAGCCUUCAAGGUCCCUUUGAUCACAGUGACAAACUCUAAGAUACUGUUGGUUUUGUUUUAUCCCAUUAAUUCCUGUGCAAACCCUUUCAUGUAUGCCAUUUUCACUAAAGCCUUUAGAAGGGACCUUUGUGUCCUGAUGAGCUGGUUUGGGUGCUGUAAAACAGAGGCCAAUACGUACAAGUUGUCCAUCUAUUAUUCUCGGAAGAACGGCAGCUCGCUAACGGCUAACAGGAGUUCACGGGCUGUGUUAAAAAUGACAGCUUUCAGCUGCCAGCCUUCCCCGGGUAGACAGGAAGAACUGUUUUGCAAAGAAUGUGAAUAA